AUAAAUAGCAACUCAUAAAUGCAUUUGGAUCAUACAAAACUCAGACCAAGAUGUCUUCUAAAAUGUCUGCAAACCUUGUCCCAUCAAUGUCCAAGGAAAAUCGCCAUUUGGCCGAUUUUGUUCCUAGCUUUUGGGGGGAUAUUUUCCUCUCUACUCCUCCUGGAAUGGAUAUGGAUGCCAGAACUCAACAAGAGUAUGAAGAAUUGAAGCAGAAAGUGAGGAGAAUGUUGGUGACAAAUAUGGACAAACCAUCCCAAAAAUUACACAUAAUUGAUGCAGUCAAACGCUUAGGUGUAGCUUACCAUUUUGAGAAAGAGAUAGAAGAUGCCUUAGAAGUUAUAUAUGAUCAUUACUGCAAUCAUAUUCAGAUUGAUGAUGAUGAAGAUCUCUACACUACUGCUGUUCGAUUUCGUUUGCUAAGAGAGCAUGGCUUCAAUGUUCAGUGCGAGACCUUCAACAAGUUCAAAAAUGAGAAAGGAAAGUUCAAAGAAUCCUUAAUUAGUGAUGUGAAAGGCAUGCUAGAAUUGUAUGAAGCUGCACAUUUUCAACUACACGAGGAAAAUCUAUUAGAAGAAGCUCUUUCUUUCACCACUUUUCAUCUAAAGUUGGCAGAAACUACGGGGGACUAUCCUCUCUCCACACAGAUUGCUAAUGCUCUAAAGCGACCCCUUCUUAAGAGCUUACCAAGGUUGGUUGCUUGGAGUUACAUUUCCAUAUAUGAAGGAUAUGGUACCCAAGACAAAAAUUUAAUGAAAUUUGCAAAGUUAGAUUUCAAAAUGGUACAACAUUUGCACAUGAAGGAAAUAAGUGAGAUAUACAGGUGGUGGAAAGGUUUAGAUGUUGAAACCAAUUUUCUUAUACGAGACAGAUUGGUGGAAUGUUACUUAUGGAUAUUGGGAGUAUACUUUGAACCUCAUUACUCUGUUGCUAGAACUUUCAUGACCAAAGUAAUAUCGUUGACAUCAAUUGUGGAUGAUACUUAUGAUGCAUAUGCCACAUAUGAAGAACUUGAAAUAUUUACAAAAGCAAUCCAAAGGUGGGAUAUCAAUUGCCCUGAUCAACUUCCAGACUGCAUGAAAUUGUGCUAUAGUGAGCUCUUAAAAAUUUUUAAAGAUAUGGAAGACUUGAUGUCCGGACAAGGAAAAUCAUAUCGUGUCCAACUCGCAAAAGAAGCGAUGAAACAAGUAUGUCAAGCCUACUUUGUUGAGGCCAAAUGGCUGCAUGAACAUUAUAUGCCAACGGUGGAGGAGUAUUUGUCUGUUGCAUUUGUUUCUACUUGUUAUCCAAUGCUUACAAUUGUAUCCUUUGUCGGCAUGGAGGAUAGCAUAACGAAGGAGACAUUCACUUGGGCAUUUAAUACACCAAAGAUUCUUCGAGCUUCAACAAUUAUUUGUAGGCUGAUGGAUGAUGUUGUUAGCCAUCAGUUUGAGCAAGAGAGAGAACAUGUUCCUUCGGCUGUGGAGUGUUACACGAAACAAUAUGGGGUAUCAGCACAAGAGGCAUACGAUGAGUUCUACAAGCGAAUAAACAAUGCUUGGAAGGAUAUGAACGAAGCGUUCUUGAAACCAACGGUGGUGCCGACAUCGGCUCUUAAUCGAAUUCUCAACCUUACUAGGGUUAUAGAUCUACUUUACAAGGAUGAAGAUGCUUAUACGCGUGUUGGUGAUUCAGCAAAAACUAGCAUCACUGCCCUGUUGAUUGAUCCAAUCUCAAUUUGAUUCAGGGAUUUAAAAGUUUGAAUAAACCCAAAAUCACUUUCGAAAAGUGGUAUCCGUGUGAAAUUUAGUCUCUUAUUAUCGGGUUGUCACCUCAUAUGUAAAAAAAAUAAUGUUCUGCUUGGCAACCUUUUCCUACGUUUGAGUGCUUCAAGUUUAGUUUGAGUUGUUUAGGUGUUGACUAUGUUUUCUAUUGUAUUAAUAAAACUUUAUGCCGAAAUGAUGUUGUUUGAAA